GGCAACUUUAAACAAAAACACGAUGCGUGACGGACCGAAUCGCGUUAGGUAAGCGGAUACCCGCUUCGAAAGGCACGUGACUCUGUUGGGUAUAUCCAGAUUCUGGCCUUGUAUGCAACCAAACUGUCGUAUGCUUCCUUGUCUGCACUUUUGAUGGUUUAAAAGAUUUGGUGUUGGUGUUGUGUUUAUGGCUACAGGGGUCAGCGCAUAUGUGCAUUAGCCGAACUCGCAGUUGAUAUUCCUCCAUUGGUCACUGUCGUAAAUUAUCAGCCCGCUUUACGGUUCGCCUUUGCCGUAAACCUGUCACCAGCAGCUCCAUAAAGGCUUGCAUCCAAAGUUGUCGGCGGUGCCGGGGGCUUCAGGUGGAGCAUAGUUUAGUGUAGUACACCUGGCCGUUAAGAUAUGUCAAAGAAAGGCAACAUGCUGACUUCUGACUUGACGGCACCGGCGCCGAAGAUUACUCUGCGUAUGCCGACCAAACGUUCUUCUCCUGAGGAUACCUACGUCAACGGAAAUGCCAUAAAGAAACGAAAGAGUGACAUUGCGAAUCAGGGGCAAGCUAUACCUGCACCGGAGGAAGGCGAUGAGAAUGCUCGUAUUCAUGAGCAUUAUACCGAUCCUUCGAGAUUCGCAAAGUUGAGGGUGGAGGAUGAGCAGAUUGGCAUUGAAAGUCGGGAGAAUAUCCAAAAAGAUACUGUGACCCAUUUAUUCUCGCAAGACUACACGUUUUUGGCUCAGAAGCCCGAUCACCGCACGCGCCCAAUAUGGGUUUGCGACGAUGGCCGUAUCAUUUUAGAAGCAUUCUCUCCACUUGCCACCCAGGCACAGGACUUUCUCAUAACAAUAGCGGAACCAGUCAGUCGACCCGCACGAGUACAUGAAUUCAAACUUACUGCCUAUUCCCUCUAUGCUGCUGUCUCGGUGGGAAUGGAAACGCACACCAUCUUGGAUGUACUGGAAAGGUUUUCCAAAGUCAAGCUGCCCGAACGGGUGCGAAAUUUUAUCAAAGAAUGUACGAUGGCAUAUGGGAAAGUGAAGUUAGUUCUUAAGGAUAACAGAUAUUUCAUAGAGUCUACUUACCCGGAAGUCUUGAAAAGGCUGCUAUCCAAUCUUGAUAUCGCCAAAGCCAGAGUCGUGCGUGAAGAUGACAACGCCAUUCUAUCCUUUGGGUCUAAACCAAAAGAACUCGCGGAGCAAGUGAAUGGAAAAACGAACGGAACCAGCGGUGGUAACGAUAAUCCUGAUAACUUUGGAGCCGUAAUCACUUUAGAUGAGGAUGAGGAUAUUGAUGACGAAUCAGAAUUUGUGCAUUCCUUUGAAAUUGAGAAAUCGCAGGUUGAAGAAGUCAAAAAGCAUUGUAUUGGCAUGGACUAUCCACUUAUGGAAGAGUACGACUUUCGUCAUGAUGCCCUCACACCGAAUUUGGAUAUUGAUCUCAGUCCAAAAACAACGAUUCGUGACUAUCAAGAAAAAAGUUUGAGCAAAAUGUUCGGUGGCGGAGGAGGACGUGCGAGGUCGGGUAUCAUUGUACUACCCACUGGUGCUGGAAAGACCCUUGUCGGAAUUACAGCGGCUUGCACUGUCAAGAAGAGCACGUUGGUUCUCUGUACCAAUGCCCUUUCUGUUGAGCAAUGGGCUAGGGAAUUCCGCAAUUGGUCAACUGUCAAAGAGGGACAGAUCGCAAAGUUCACGGCUGAUGAUAAGAAGAAGUUUGUCGGUGACGCUGGUAUCGUUGUAUCUACCUACACGAUGAUAUCUCAUUCAGGAAAACGGUCAUGGGAAACCGCCCGCAUGAUCGAGUGGAUCAAUACGGUAGAAUGGGGAUUGUUGAUUCUUGAUGAAGUCCAUGUUGUCCCGGCCAACGUAUUCAGAAGAGUUUUAACCACGGUUUCCGCGCACACCAAACUCGGCCUAACAGCGACGCUUGUUCGUGAGGAUGAUAAGAUCGAAGAUUUGAACUUCUUGAUUGGACCAAAGUUGUAUGAGGCGAAUUGGAUGGAUCUGGCACAGAGAGGGCACAUUGCCAAAGUUGAGGCCACGGAAAUAUGGUGCGGAAUGACGUCUGAUUUCUACCAAGAAUACCUUGAGUCUCGGCCAGGAAAACGGCGCUUAUUGUCGGUCAUGAAUCCUAGCAAGUUUCAAGCAUGCGAAUAUCUCAUCAAACAGCGAGAGGCUGCUGGUGAUAAGAUCAUCGUGUUUUCUGAUAAUGUUUUUGCGUUGGACUAUUACGCUAAGAAGAUGGGCAAGCCGUUUAUUUAUGGUGGAACAGCACACUCCGAGCGACAAGUAGUCCUCGCGCGGUUCAGGGGAGACACUCCACAGUCAUAUCAGACCGUUUUUCUGUCCAAAGUUGGGGAUACCUCACUCGAUUUACCAGAAGCAACGUGUCUGAUACAAAUUAGUAGUCAGUUUGGCAGUCGUCGACAAGAGGCACAGCGAAUGGGACGAAUUCUGCGGGCGAAGCGACGAAACGAGGAAGGAUUCCGUAGUCGUUUCUACACACUAGUCAGCAGGGACACAGAUGAGGUUCAAUUUAGCGCCAAGAGGAAAAGAUUCUUGAUCGAUCAAGGCUAUGAAUAUAAGGUCGUCGCCAAUCUUGAGCAACUGAUACCACCAGAGGAGCGAGGGAAGCUCCACCUGUCUAGUCGAAGGGAACAGGUCGAACUCCUCGAGCAGAUAAGGAGCCUAAGCGUCGAUGCCAGUGGAGAUACAAUGGGUGAGGAGGACGGAUCAGCAAGUGACUUACCGAGACCACGAUUUGGGGGCAGUAAGGCUAAGAAAUUAGAAGAGGCUGCCAGAAGGGCAGAAAGACAGAGGAAGGAGGAAGCAAAAGCAAAAGAAAAGACAAAGCAUUCGCUUUUCAAAAGUUGGAGGGCAGGGAAAUAGUAUUCUCAUCGCGCGCGGUCGUCAGAAAGUUGAAUCCUGGUCAUGUAUACAUAAAACUCAUUCAAAACAUAAAACUGUCGCUUCAUUCGUUGU